AUGUCCCCAACUUCUGUAACCAUCUUUCUCUCUUUGCUAGUUUUUUAUCUCUUCUCCCCUUCAUCGUUCACGUAUGCCCGAUAUGAUCCUACACCAAAUGCCGAAAGAGUUAUAAACUCGCUUAAUUUAUUUUCUGAUCAUGAUGUCAAUAUCGUCAAUGAUGAUUCCUCAAGUCUUUUGGAGAAGAGAUUCAAGUUCCCUUCUCUUCCUUACUCCAAACCCAAUAUUGAAGAUCUUGGACAUCAUGCUGGUUAUUAUCGCCUUCCAGGUACUAUAGGUGCAAGGAUGUUCUACUUUUUCUUUGAAUCAAGAAACAAUGAGACUGACCCAGUAGUGUUAUGGUUGAGUGGUGGACCUGGAGGCAGUACUAGUAUUGCAUUAUUUUAUGAAAAUGGUCCAUUUCAUAUCGCAGAAGACUCAUCUCUCAUAUGGAAUGAUUAUAGUUGGAAUAAGGUCUCAAACAUUAUAUUUGUUGACCAACCUAUCGGAACUGGUUUUAGUUAUUCAAUUGAUGAUACGGAUAUAAGACGCAAUCUAGUUGAUGUCACCAAGGAUUUGUAUAACUUCUUGCAGGCCUUUUUUAACGAACAUCCUAAACUUGUUCAAAAUGAUUUUUUCAUAACUGGACAAUCUUUUGCUGGACACUAUGCUCCAGUUUUGGCAUCUCAUAUCCAUCAAGAAAAUAAAGCCAACCCAAAAAUUCAUAUAAAACUUAAGGGAGUUGCCAUUGGUAAUGGACUUACAAAUCCUAGACUCCAAUAUGAAAUAUUACCAUAUUACGCUCGACGUUGUAAGUUAAUAGAAGAAGAAGAUUAUUUGCAUAUAAAGAACACGAUGCUUCCAAAAUACAUGGGUAAUGAAACUGAUUGCCUCAUUGCAUUUGAUAGUUGUGAUGGUAUGUUUGGCGAAAUCCACAGAAGAACCCAAAAUAUAAAUUAUUAUGAUUAUAGAAAGCCACGUAUUGGCCACUUGAACUAUGACUUCUCUCGCUUGGAGAAUUUUAUGAAUAAUCAAGAAGUAAAGGAAGCUCUAGGUGUACCAGACAUACCAUUUGUUACAUUAAGCUCUAAGGUAUAUGAGGCAAUGGAGGGAGAAUAUAUGAAAAAUUCUGAUACAGGAAUUCCAGCUCUACUUGCAGAUGGAAUUAAAGUCCUUAUCUAUGUGGGAGAAUUUGAUCUCGUAUGCAACUAUGUUGGAAAUUUUAAACGGGUCACUGAAAUGGCAUGGCAUGGUAAGGAAGAAUUUCUUAAACCUCAAAGUCUUGUGUCAUUUUAUGUUGAUGGUAUCGAAAUGGGAGCGUUGAGAAGCCAUGGACCUUUAUCGUUUCUCCAGGUUUAUGAUGCUGGUCAUAUGGUUCCAAUGGAUCAACCAAAAACUGCCUUACACAUGAUUCAAAGAUGGAUGCAAGAAGCAUAG